AAAGCGAGUUAUCCCUCUUGAAAUGGUCAUAGCUAUUUUUGAUCAGGAAACCCCUAUAUUGAUUGUGUUGUUUUCAGUUUUGACACCAUUACCAGUCAUUAGGCCUACAAGUAAUACGCGGAUGAGAUCAGUGUGUGAUUUUAACAGGUACUGAAGCACCCUGAGAUACACCAAACAACAUGAAGAAAGAGAAUACUUAUCUACCCUCCGCCAAGAAGAUAUUCCAGCGGUACGAAAGAGUGCCUUUUCAGGAAAACAUUUUGUUGGUAGGGACCGUGGGGUCAGGGAAAUCAGCCACGAUCAAUACAAUAAGUGCGGCUCUCUCGGGGGAGAAAAAAUAUCGCGCCCCGAUCGGGGCUCAGCUUUCCUCUCCGGACUCCAAACGGCAGCGGACCACUACACACCUUAUGUGGUACAAAGGAUGUGGUAUAGAAGAAACCAGGCGAAAAGACAUGCAUGCUCCAAAACGCAUACCAAAUCUGGUGGACAUGACUGGAUUGGAGAAUAUCGAGUCACGUGAACAGGAAGAAUUGCUAGAGCUGAUACUAAUGGGAAAGAUUCCGGACAAGACGUCGAUUCCCGCAUUACAAGACAUGGAGAGAAGAAAGUCUGGAUCACUAAAACGAUGCUUUCCAUUCAUUUAUAAUCCUCGACGAAUUCACAAAAUCCUAUUUGUCGCUAAUGCUACCGAACCCAUUCCCACCAAACUGAUACAGAGUGUUCGAAACGUCGCCCAGCCAGACGGCACUCCUUCAAACUACAAUCCUAGAUACAUCCCCCUCUUCGGCUUAAUGACGAAGGAGGAUCUUGUGGACUGGGAAGAUACAGAAAUUCAAAAUCGCGAGCGGGAAUUUCUGCAGAGCCUCGGUAUAGAUGAAACAGCCUCGUAUUCGCGCUGGCAUAACAACUCCACUGGGGACUUUUCCUGUAAGGUUCUCUAUUUCCUGGACAGGCUAUUGUCCCCAGAGGUCCGAAUGGUUCUUGAUCAGAUGAUUUUCUUAAAGAUUUGGAUGGGGGCUCUUUGGGAAAAUCCUUCCUAUAUUUUCCCUAUGAUACUCGUGCCACUAUUAGGUUUAGCUGUGACGUUUUAUAUGUCUGAUUUUGCAUUGCCCGAUUUGGAUUUGUUCCAUGUUCUCAAGAUGAAAUCAGGAAAAUGAUGUGAGAAACUUCGUUAUAGAUAUUUUUCUAUCCAAUGAACAAUGUAUCAUACACCGUAACACUACCGUUACACGUCACUGGUUUCAUGAAUGUAACAACACAUCAGCAACAUGGCAUCUCUUUGUUUGUUUGUUUGUAGACAUUUGUUUGCCAUACUUUAGAUUCUAAACUUAAUGAACAAAUUACGAAAGAAAAAAUACUCGUAUAAACAUUUGGAUAUGUGGUGUACAGUGCGAGUUUGGAUAAUGAUCUGUACUAGUACAUGUAUGAUGAACGCGUGUAUGAUGAUAUCUACUCGUGUAUUUUGAUAUUUACACGUGCAUUUUGAUAUUUGCACGUGUAUUUUGAUAUUUACACGUGUAUUUUGAUAUUUACACAUGUAUUAUAAUUUCAAUAGUAAACUAAUCUGUGAUAUGUUCUUUGGGUGUGUUUUGAUAUUUUUCUUAUUACACAGCAAUAAAUAAUAGAACGUCCACAAA